GGUCUAUCUCACACAAACCUGUGCAAGAAUUAGGACAAUGUUAUGUCAUGCUUUAAACGUUCAAACUUCACUUUCCCAAAGCAGGGGAAGAAAUGGUGAGCAUCAGUAAUUUUCAACAGCUCUCUCUUCUUCACAAACUGGAAUCAUCAAAUUCUGUUGACGAGCUUAAACAAAUCCAUGCCUUAAUCAUCAGAACAGGCUUUCCCCAAACUGAACUCUUGUGUGAUAAAAUCGUGUCAUUCCUGGAUUCUCCUCGCAAUGAAACGCUGCACUACGCUGGCUCGCUCAUCAAGCACUUGAAAAAUCCGAAAGUCCACCAGUAUAAUUCAAUAAUUAAAUGCCUUUGCAGGUCUAGUUCCAAGUCAUCAGAAGCAAUUGCGUUAUAUAAAGAAAUGCUGGGAAAAGACCUUCUUCCUAACUCUUAUACCAUACCCUAUGUCCUCAAGGCGUGUGCGCAAUCUCGGGCUCUUAGAGUAGGCCAGCAGAUUCACGCAUAUUCUAUCAAGACGCUUCUGCUAUCCAAUGUGUACGUGUUCAACACUCUGAUGAGGCUAUAUGCUGUUUGUGGGCUUAUCGGAGCUGUUCACAAUUUGUUCCACUUCCACCAAGGUCCUCAAAGAGAUGUGGUAUCAUGGACUACUUUUAUCCAGGCUUACGUCAAGAUGGGAUAUCCUAGAGAAGCGAUUCAGACAUUCUUUGACAUGUGCCAAGCCAACCUAAGACCCGACGGGAUGAUAUUGGUCAUCGUGCUCUCCGCCUGCUCUAAAUUGGGAGAUAUAAUUUUGGGUACAAAAAUACAUACAUAUGUCCAUGAUGAUGGACUCGAUCUCAGUCGAGAUGUUUUUGUGGGAAAUGCAUUAGUCGACAUGUACUUGAAAUGUGGGAAUGCCUAUUUAGCUUGUAAGGUGUUUGAUGAGAUGCCUGUUAAAAAUGUUGUUUCAUGGAAUUCUAUGAUAGGGGGACUAGCUCAGCUAGGUGAAUUUAAGGAAGCAUUGGAAAAGUUCCAGAGAAUGCAAGUUGUAGGUCUUAAGCCAGAUGAUGUUACAUUAGUUUGCAUUCUGAAUUGUUGUGCUAAUCUUGGCUUGCUCGAAUUGGGCCAGUGGGUUCAUGCAUACGCAGAUAAAAAUCAUAUCAGAGCAGAUGGUUUUAUAGGGAAUGCUCUGGUUGAUAUGUAUGCCAAAUGUGGAAGCAUAGACCGGGCCUCUUGGGUGUUUCAGAACAUGAACUGCAGAGAUGUCUAUUCAUACACUGCUAUGAUAGUUGGGUUAGCAAUGCACGGUGAAGCUGAGAAAGUUCUCCAUAUUUUCUCCAGGAUGUCUACAAUAGGAAUAGAACCGGAUGAAGUAACAUUUGUUGGUGUCCUCUCUGCAUGUAGUCAUGUGGGGUUAGUGGAGGAAGGCCGCAAGUAUUUUGCAGACAUGUCAAGGGUUUACAACCUGAAACCUCAAACUGAGCACUAUGCUUGUAUGGUUGACCUCUUUGGUCGUGCUGGACUAAUAGAUGAGGCAGUUGAGCUUAUAAAAGAUAUGCCAAUCAUGCCUGAUGCCUUUGUUUGGGGUGCGUUACUUGGAGCUUGUAAAAUUCAUGCAAAGGUGGAGCUUGGGGAAAUUGUUAUGGAAGAACUGGUGAAAGUUGAACCUGAGAGAGAUGGCGCAUAUAUGCUCAUGUCAAACAUAUAUUCCUCUGCAAACAGAUGGGAGGAAGCAUUGAAGUUGAGAAAGACAAUGAAAGAAAGGAACAUGAAGAAAACCCCUGGUUGUAGUACAGUUGAAGUUGCUGGUGAGGUUCAUGAAUUCAGAAAGGGAGACAAAUCACACCCCAAAAGCAUGGAGAUUUACAAGCUCCUGGAAGAAAUGAUGAGCAUUUUAAAAAAUUAUGGGUACUUAGCCCACAACAGUGAAUUCAUUCCACUAAAUAUUGAAAUGGAGUGAUCUGACAAAUGUCCUCAGCUUGUUCACCCCUUCUAUUACAUAAAGGAGUCCGAGGGCUUUCUGCACUAUUUGAGAGCUUGUAAAAGAGGAUUGUGAUCAAUUAUGUCACUCACAUCAAAGGCGAUGUUCAGCUCAAUAUUCAUCUGAUGAGUCAACUUGAUUGGUUGAGUUUUCCUCGUCAAAACUUGUAUUUCAUUAACGUCACUACAUAUUGUAACUGUAAAAAGAUUUCAGGUUGAAAUCAUUUAAUCCAGUUUGAAAUGUUAAGACGCAUUUGCAUA